AUGGCCCCGGAGAAUGAGAAAACAGCAGACGACCCAAAACCGAACCCCCUCGGCCUUGACGAGGAUGAGCUCAACUGCCUGUCACGCCAGCUGGAGAUGCCCGACAGCGACUCAGGGUAUAUGCAAAUCUUCUGCUAUGCCAGCACCACCGACUGCCUCGUCAUGGGGCUCAGCGCUGCGGCGGCCGUCGGUGCAGGCGCGACGAUGCCGUUGAUGACGGUCAUACUGGGCUCCCUCGUGGGAAACUUUUCGGACCUGGCGAGCACAACGAACUCGGAUGCGUUUGCACACAACGUCAACCACUUGGUCUUGUAUUUUGUAUACAUUGCCGUGGCCACGCUCGUGCUCACCAGUCUAUUCGUCUUUGGAUUCACGUGGACCGGCGAACGCAUCACGAAGCGCCUCCGAUCCGCCUACUUCGAGGCCCUCCUCCGGCAGAACAUGGCCUUUCUCGACGCCCUCGGCGCCGGCGAGGCAGCGUCCAGGAUCACAGCCGACCUCAACGUCGUCCAGGACGGCGUCUCGCAAAAGGUCGGCCUCGCCGUCAGCGGGCUCGCCGCCUUCGCCGCGGGCCUGGUCGUCGCCUACGUCCGCUCGUGGCGCCUCGCCCUCGUCAUGACCAGCCUGCCCGUCGCCGUCGUCGCGUGGAUGAUGGCCGUCGGCACCUCGAUGAAGAGGGCCCAGCUGGCGUCCGCCGACCUCUACUCGUCGACGGCGGCCACGUUCGCCGAGGAGGCCAUCGCCUCGCUGCGCAACGUCGCGGCGUACGGCUUGCAGAGGCGGUUCGUGCGGCGGUACGAGGCGUCGCUGGCGCCCGCGGCGAGGGCCGACGCGCGCGCCAAGGGCAUGAUGGGCCUGUUCAUCGGCGGCUUGAUGGGGGCGGUGCUCAGCGCCUUUGCCCUCGCGUGCUGGGCGGGCACGCGGUUCAUGGACGCGGGAGACGCCGAUACGUCGCAGGUCGUCACCGUCUUGUUCGCGUCCAUGAUCGCGGGCGUCUCCUUUGGCCAGGUCGCGCCUCAUCUGCAGGCCUUUGGAGCGGCUGGGGCCGCGGCGAACCGCAUCUUUGCGGCCAUCGAGCGGCGUCCACCUGUCGGGUUUCUCCCGUCCAGGGGCCGAGGCUUGAGGCCCGACACGUUGCUCGGCCAUAUACAGUUCUCCGAUGUAAAGCUGGUGUACCCCUCGCGGCCUGACCAGCUGGUCAUGGAUGGCUUCACGCUCGACGUCCCAGCCGGCAAGACCACCGCCAUUGUUGGCCCAUCGGGGACCGGCAAGUCGAGCAUCCUUUACCUCCUCCAGCGGUUCUAUCUCCCCCUCCACGGCCGAGUGUGCAUCGACGGCCACGAACUACAGGACAUGGACAUGCAAUGGCUCCGCUCCCACAUGCGCGUUGUGAGCCAAGAGCCGUUUCUUUUCAACACGACUGUUCUCGACAACAUCUUAUUUGGCCUGGUUGGCACGGGUUUUGAAAAGGCCGACUCGAACACAAAACAAGCAAUGGCCGAACAAGCAGCGAGGGCAGCAAACGCUCACGACUUCAUCUGCCAGCUCCCUCACGGCUACAACACGGUUCUUGGCGAGAAUGGAGGCCGCUUGAGCGGUGGCCAGCGGCAGCGAGUCGCGAUUGCGCAGGCGCUCGUCUCCGACCCCAAGAUACUCCUUUUAGACGAGGCAACCGCCGCUCUGGACUCCAAGUCGGAGUCGCUGGUCCAGGCAGCUCUAGGAAAUCGUGGACCAGGUCGAACAACCAUUGUCAUCUCCCACCGGCUGUCAACGGUCCGGGGGGCCGACAACAUCGUGGUGAUGGAUCGCGGUCGCGUCAUUGAGCAGGGUACCCACGAGCAGCUUUUGGCCAUGCAAGCGGCGUACUCUUUGCUGAUCGAGGCCCAAACGCUACGGCAGAGUGCCAACAACGAUCAUGACGUAGGCCAUGGCUCCGAGGAUGAUUAUUAUAGCAGCAGCGGUGCUGGAAAGACUCUGGAGAAGAGCCGCAGCGUCGGGUCGGCACAGGAACAAAGAGCAUCGCCAUCUCGGGCAACGACCCUCGCGCUCGUCAAGUUUCUCCUCCGCCUGAACCAUCCGGAAAGGGGACACCUACUCGCUGGCAUGAUUGGAAGCGCCUUUGCCGGCCUCGGCUACCCGCUGACGGCCAUCUUCUUCGGCAACAUGGUCCUCGCCCUCCGGGACCCGCGCAUGACCCUAGGCGGCCACGGAAUCGGCUUCUGGGCUGGCAUGCAGUGGCUGACCGGAUGGGUCGUCUUCUUCGCCUACGUCGCCCAGGGCGCGGCCUUUGCGCACGCGUCGUCUCGCCUGAUAGCCCGGGCGCGGGCCGUCGCCUUCGCCGCCAUCCUGCGACAGGACGCCGCCUUCUUCGCCGGGCCGGGCAACGACGCCGGCGCGCUGACGGCGUUCCUCAGCCAGCAGGCGAGCCAGCUCAACGGGCUCAGCGGGACGAUCCUGGGCGCCCUGCUCAACAGCGUCUUCGCCGUGGUCGGCGGCUUCGUCGAGGCCACCGCGUUUGGGUGGAAGCUCGGGCUCGUCGCCACGGCCACCAUGCCGCUCAUCUUCACGACCGGAUACGCGCGGUUCAGGCUGCUCGCCGACCUGGAGAAGAAGAGCCUGCGCGACUCGAAAGCCGCGGCCGUGGUGUCCGAGGCGAUCCGCGGGAUACGCACCAUCGCCGCCCUGGGGCUCCAAGACGCCGUCGCGGACCGCUACCGCCUCCAGCUGGGCGACGACAUGCGCAGCGGCGCGGGACAGAACGCGCUGCUGUCGGUGCUCUACGGCGCGAGCCAGUCGGUCAUCAUCUUUUGCACGGCCCUCAUCUUCUGGUACGGCGGCUCCAGGCUGCUGCCGACGGGCGAGUACACGGUCCAGCGCUUCCUCAUAUGCUUCGUCGCCACCACGUACAGCGCCCAGUCGGCGGGCGGCAUCUUCUCCCACGCGCCCGACGUGGCCGGCGCGCAGGACGCCGCCCUGAGGCUCAAGACGCUGACCGAGACGGUGCCCGAGAUUGACGUCGACGACGAGGACGGCGGCGAUGACGCUGACUCUCUGGCCGGGGACGUCCGUGCUCGCAACGUAGACUUUGCGUACCCAUCGUCUGCUGGAGGGGACGCAGGGCAUCUCGUCCUGCGAGACGUUUCGCUGCAGGCCACGGCGGGCAGCUUCGUCGCGCUCGUCGGCGCAAGCGGCAGCGGCAAGAGCACCGUGCUCAACCUCGUCGAGCGGCUCUACGACCCGCGCUCCGGCCAGAUGCUCGUCGACGCCAAGGACAUACGCCGCUACCGACUGCAGGCGUACCGCAGGCGGCUGGCGAUUGUGGAGCAGGACUCUGUGCUGUACAGCGGGACGAUUCGCGACAACAUUGUCAGCGACGGGGACUUUGACGAUGCGGACAUUGAGAGGGCUUGUCGCGAUGCGAACAUCUGGGACUUUGUGUCAUCGCUCUCCAACGGGCUCGACACGGCCAUCGGCCCCCGCGGCACGCAAGCGUCCGGAGGGCAGAAGCAACGCCUCGCCCUUGCCCGAGCGCUCCUUCGCAAACCCAAGAUAUUGCUGCUCGACGAGGCGACAUCGGCGCUCGACGCCCACUCGGAAGCGGUGGUCCAAGAGGCGCUCGCCGCCGCCGCCGCCGCCACGGGCAGGACUACCAUCGCCGUCGCCCACCGCAUCAGCUCCAUUGUCCGCGCCGACUGCAUCUACGUCUUUGAUCAGGGCGCCGUUGUCGAGCAGGGCACGCACGCCCAACUCAUGGCAAGGAGGGGCCGGUAUUGGGAGUACGUGUCGAUGCAGGCGGCUUGA